UGAGCAUCUCUAACUACCACAAGCUUUACUUACUAGUUCCGUUUAGCCUAAUUUUCUUCUUGUCUGUUCGUCGCUAUUGAUCGUCUAGCAGCACAAAAUGUCAGACGAUGUGCCCUGCUGUGAGCCUAUGUUCUGGGGAUACCUUGUUGCCUGUGUGGUUCUGGUUGCCUUUGCAGGUCUAAUGUCUGGCCUCACCUUAGGCCUGAUGUCCCUCAGCUUGGUUGAUCUUGAAGUCCUCAUUAAGGCUGGUCAGCCCGAUGACCGGAGAAAUGCAGCAAAGAUACUGCCAAUCGUGAAGAGACAGCAUUUACUGCUGUGCACCCUUCUCAUAGGAAAUGCAAUGGCAAUGGAGGCACUGCCCAUCUUCCUUGAUUCCAUCCUUCCUCCUUGGGCAGCUGUUCUCAUAUCAGUCACUCUCAUUCUUGCCUUUGGCGAGAUUAUACCGCAAGCAAUUUGUUCCAGAUAUGGUCUACGUGUUGGUGCCAAGCUGUCUCCUAUAGUAAAAGUGAUAGUCAUCAUCCUCUUCCCAGUUGCAUAUCCCAUAAGUAAGCUACUUGAUUGGGUUCUGGGGAAGAAGCAUUCUGCACUCCUGAGGCGAGCAGAGCUGAAGACAUUAGUGGACUUGCAUGGGAACAAGGCCGGGAAAGGUGGAGAGCUGACACAUGAUGAGACCACUAUUAUAACUGGAGCUUUGGAUAUGACCUUGAAAAAAGCUAAAGAUGCUAUGACUCCCAUCUCUAAAAUAUUCUCACUUGAUAUCAACUCUAGGCUUGAUGAGAAAACAAUGGAAGUGAUAAUUGGCCAAGGGCAUAGCCGCGUACCCAUCCACAUGAGCAGGCCAGAGAACAUUGUUGGCUUGAUUUUGGUGAAGAAUUUGAUCAAGUGCAGUCCUGAAAACGAAACUCCUAUAAGAGAGCUAACAAUCAGAAAAAUCCCUAGGGUAAAUGAUCAGCUUCCUCUAUAUGACAUACUGAACCUAUUCCAGAAGGGUCACAGCCACAUGGCUGUAGUUGUGAAGUACAAGGAUGAUGCUAAUAAGGCGAAUGCAGAAAACACUAGAGCCGAACGUGAGGUUGUAGAGAUCAACAUCGAUCCAAAUUCGGAACCAAUAGAGGCAGAGAGGAAAGGUAGUAGUAAUCACAUGCACAGUAUGCUUACUGAAUGGUAUCAGGGAAGUUUAAUUUACCUCAAAAUUGGGUGUUCAUCAGGAAUUCAUCAUCAACUCAGCUGGACUGAGCGAAUGUUGAUGAGCGCACCAUCAUACUCCAGUGAGAAGGAAUUCCUGGAAUUCCAAGAAAGAACCCUUUCUAGUGAGGAACUGGAAACAAUUUCAUUCCCUUCUGGAGAAGAGGUCAUCGGCAUAAUAACGCUGGAGGACGUCAUCGAGGAAUUGCUCCAGGAAGAGAUUCUGGACGAGACAGACGGCUAUAUGGAAGUUCACAACAGGAUAAAGAUAAACAUGCUGCCUUCUCAACGAUCGCCCGUGAGAUCGCCUGGAACGCCGUCAGCAUCUCAGUUCCAACGGCGAUACUCUCCGUCGCCGUCCCCGGUUUCUCCAUAUCACCGGAGCCCGCUGUCGACGCAUAGCGUCCUGCGUUCGCCGAUUCCGCCGUACGUUCGCUCUCCGGUGAUGAAACCUUCUAUUUCCAAUUCUCCCGGGAAGUCCAUUCCAACUUCCCCGGCUGCCGUGACUGGUUCUCCUGAUCGCCGUUCGCCUUCAUCGCACCGGGUUUCGAGGAAACCGUACGAGAAGCUGAGGAAACCUGACGACGUCGGUGACUCGCUUUAGAAGGCGACUAAAGUGCUAAACAGGCCAGGCCGACGGCCGUGCAUCGUUAGGAGGCCCAAUGAGAAGCCCAUUUCGUAAUUGGAUCAACGCCUUUGCAUCUGAAUAUGGGCUUAGAAAGUAAUACCCGGGAUGGUAGUGCAAAAUGUUAGAUUCAUCGACAUCUAUGUUUGAUCUCUGUUUUGUUUGUUGUGCAGUUGUGCUUAAUAAUAGAGUGUCUCAUAUGGUAGUCUAUAAAGUUUUGUUUUUGUUGCCUUAGAGCUUUGGGAUGUUCGGCUUCGUUUGUUAGUUAUGUUCGCAAAUAAAAGAUAUAUUGUGGUCAAAUUAGAUCAAAUUAAAAAAAAAAUUCUUUUUUCAAAUUGAUAUGAAUGCACCCUAUUAUGGUUCAAAAACUAAUUGAGAAUCAGAAAGCUCAUCACAAUUAUAAAAUUUCUUCUCUAACGAAUUUUCCAAUAAAACGCUCAACUUAAGGUAAGUUACGGUUGGUCCAUGGUGCAACCGCAACUCACUUGCGGUUGGUCCAUGGUGCAACCGCAAGUGAGCUGCGGUUGGCCCAUGGUGGAACCGCAAGUGAGCUGCGGUUCCCCUUUUUUUGUUUUUUUCCAAUUUUUUUAGUGAACUUUACCGAUUCAGAGUCGCUAGUCAUGAUCCAGAUAUCAUAUCGAUGAUUCCGACUCCAGAAUGACGAUGAUGAAUUCUCUCUUUUGAAUAAUGUUUUAUUUUCUUUACUAAGUGGUGUUUGUUUGCUAAAGGAAGAGUAAAGAAGCUAAAAGGUUAAAUUUGUAAUUUUGAUGUUUUUUAGGGCGACAUUUAGCAAUUUUAAGGGCGACCUUUAGCAACUCCCAAAAAUUAAUAUCAAUUUUGGUCACUCAAAUUACCGAAAUAGGUCACAUUUAGUCACUCUCCGUUAGUCUCCGUCCAACUCCGUCAAAAGAGUCUGUCAUGUGCUAACAUGGCCAACGGGAGCGUCUAGUCAGCAUCGUUUUGGGCCAGAAAUAGUGAUAUCCGACCCACCACGUCACUGAACUCGCCAUGUUCAUAUGGUAGUCUAUAAAGUUUUGUUAUUAAA